GUGGCGCCGCGGCGCAGGCGGGCACCGGUUCUACUCCCGCUGUCCGUGCCGCGCCGGGCCGCGCCGCGCUCGGCGCCUCCCGCAGCCCCAGGGGCCUUGUCACCGCCCGCCGCCCCCUCCCCAGCGGCAAGCCCGGCCCGAGCCAUGCUGCUCCUGGCGGCCGCCUUCAUCGUGGCCAUCGUCCUUCUCCUCUACAUGGUGUCGCCGCUCAUCAGCCCCAAGCCCCUCAAGCUGCCCGGCGCACACGUCGUGGUUACUGGAGGCUCCAGUGGAAUUGGAAAAUGUAUUGCUAUUGAAUGUUAUAAGCAAGGAGCUUUCAUAACACUGAUUGCAAGAGAUGAGAACAAGCUGUUACAGACAAAGAAGGAAAUAGAAAAGUACUCUGUUAAUGACAAGCAGGUUGUGCUGUGUAUUUCUGUUGAUGUAUCUAAAGACUAUGAACAGGUGGAGAACGUUUUAAAACAGGCUCAGGAGAAGCUGGGACCAGUUGACCUGCUUGUCAACUGUGCAGGAACAUCAGUUACAGGAAAAUUUGAGGAUAUUGAAGUAAAUUCUUUUGAAAGAUUAAUGGCAGUCAAUUACCUAGGUAGUGUUUACCCGAGUCGUGCAGUCAUCUCUACCAUGAAGGAACGACGGAUGGGAAGGAUUGUGUUUGUAUCAUCUCAGGCUGGGCAAUUAGGCCUUUUUGGUUAUACAGCCUAUUCUCCGACCAAGUUUGCUCUUCGAGGAUUGGCUGAAGCCCUGCAAAUGGAGGUCAAACCUUAUAAUAUCUAUGUAACAGUGGCCUAUCCUCCAGAUACUGACACACCAGGCUUUGCAGAAGAAAGUAAAACAAAGCCCUUAGAGACAAAGCUGAUUUCUGAGACCUCAUCUGUUUGCCAAGCGGAACAAGUCGCCAGAGUUAUAGUCAAAGAUGCCAUACAAGGGAACUUUAACAGUUCUGUUGGAUCAGAUGGUUACAUGCUAUCAAUAUUGACGAGUGGAAUGUCACCAGUCACUUCUAUCACUGAAGGUCUUCAGCAGCUCUCAAUGCCACGGAGGCUUGGAUUUAAGAAACUGAAGCAAUAUUCUUGAGCUGAAGCAGCAAUGUGGCAAGAAAGCAGAGAUAACUACACUGCUCAGUCCUGAACUGGAACAUAGUUAGGAAUGUUUUCAUAUAUAUUUUUUUUCUUGAUUAUAUUACCUGUCUGGAACUUUUUUCUUUUUAUCUCACGAGUAAAUAAUAUGCUACAACUCAGGGUCAUAAGUGAAUUGAAAGAUGUUUCUCUGUUUCCAGGUUGUUUGCAUGGGCAUUUUUCGCAUCGUUGGCCUCUUUUACCUAGGAAGCUUUGACAGCAUAGUUCGACGCUGCAUGAUGCAAAGAGAAAAAUCUGAAAAUACAGAUAAGACUGAAUAAUCUUGAAUUGAAUUGAAAGAAGAAUGUCAAACAGUCCUGGACAGCUUGCUGCUCAAGUGGGACUCAGCUUCUCUGUUGAAGGAUGUAGACUGAAGGUAUUUGGUUAUGUGAUAGAUGAGUCCUCUCAAAAGCAAUGAAAGAAAACAAAAGUUUAACUCCAGAAAAUGCCAAGCUAUGCAAAAGAGUGAUUGAGGAUUAGGUUUUUUUUUUUUCCUUUGGUGAUUUGAGCUGGAGAGAAUUUGGGAACUUGUAAGUCAUCUGUAGGGUAGAACUUGAGAAUGGACCGCGUGUGGUAGUUCUGGACAAAUACUUAAGUUUUCUCACUUUGGUGCUCAUGUGGAAAAAAAAUAACUACACCGUGACAGACCGGGCUGAAGUAGAUUAAAGUCCCCUGAACAAGUCAGUACUCUUGCUAAUGUUUUGGGACUGUUUUUAAUUUGGAAUGUUAACUUUCCCUUUGAUGGUCAAUCUGCAGAUCUUUCAGUCAAAGACGGCUUUCCUUAUUCUGUUCAGCACACAGUUGUGGAAACCUGAAGAUGACAGGUUUUUUUUUUUUUGUGUAAUCUAAGCUUUCUCAGUCUGGGAGUAAUUAAAAAGUAUGACUGAAUAUAUGCAUACUUUCUAAAGGGAGAUGAAGAACCCAUUCCUACAGAGAAGUGCUAGGAGGUGUAACUGGCCCUUGAAGUAUGCUGUGAACAACAAAAAAAAUCAAACCAUUUUCAAGUGUGAUUAUGUCUCGCAACAUUUUAAAUCAUUGAAAAAGUACUUGUCAAAGUUAUACACUUUUAUCUUCCAGUUUUUGCUCUGGAAAGGGAAGUAGCUUCAUGCUACUGUCAUGCACAUUAUUUUUCAAAGCCACAAAUGAUGAGCCACACCAGUAGGUGAUGAUAGAAUCAGACACCGGGCUCUUAGGGUAGCAGGAAUGUAGCUUUUGGGACGGGGGACAGGGAGGAGAGUCAGAAUGGUAUUCUGUGCUUAAUGUUAUUGUUACACAGAAAAACUUCUAACACGACAAGAAACUGUUUGAAAUUCUCUCCUCUGCCCCUCUCCUCAUUUGCUUGAUUUACAUUAUAUAUGAAUCAAGGCUGCUCCAUAACUGCUUCAGAAUACACAGAACACAAUGGUUUUUUUCUAAUAAAUUGCAAGUUUAACACUGGAAAAGCUUGAUGCAUAACAAUGAUGUUUUAAGGGUGCACUACAUACACUGUUUAUUUAAUGGACCACUAUAGCAAGUGCCUUGUGAGCUUUUUUCCCAAAAGCUGUGUAUUUUGUAUUUAUUAGCGCCACUGUGUUGUAAAUGUCAAAUCUGCCAUUUUCAGUCAGUACUCUGAAUCUAAAACCACUGUUAAAACUUGGCGUUUUCACUUCUUUGAAAGCAGUAUUUAACAGCAAAGCAAGCAAAAUCGAUUGUUUUUAAGAUGUUCUCUAUACCUAUUUAAGAAGAGGUGUUCAGUUAAGCUGAGAUGAGAAAUAAUAGGUGGUCAACAGGGAAAAAGUCUUGGAAAUGUAACUUGUUUAUUCUCCCUCUGAUUUCAGUUGAUCACUUCAAAAAUGUUUGUUCACGUAGGCUAAAACUUGCUUUAAUGUCUGUUUUACAAACGUAUUUGGAGGAGUCAUGCUGACACUCUCAUUCAAAGUGGUUAGAAUUUCAUUGGAUUGCAAACGUCAAGGCGUUGCAGAAUUCUUCCCAAAGCCUAUGUUUUAGGUCCUGCCUCUUGAUUUUUGUUUAGAUAUGUGAAGUUGUGCAUGCCUAUAUUAUAAAAUUAAUUUUGAGAAUAGAUUAUAUUCCUGCAUUUCUAAUCAGCUGGGCUUUAGUGCAGAGAAAUCUAAUCUGCGUAUGUGUUUUCUCUGCUGCUUAAUGUGAAUGACACAUAGUGGAGCAUUUAUCAUACAUUGUCAAUAUUGCCAUGUUUCCUAAAGCAACGUAACAAUGCUACUUGGACCCAGUUAUUUACCUUAGUUGUUAUUUUGGUGCAAGAAUCAAAUAUUCCUUUGAUCAUCUGCAAAAAGAUACCAAAGUGGGUGAAUCGGUUAUGCAGUAGUUUGAAAGAUAUGCUUCUGCAAACGACUUCAGAGCAACACAAGCUUUGAAGGUCAGCUCUUGAAACCAGUAAGACUUUGGAUACUUGAAUUUUAUAGGAUCUUCAACUUGGGAUAUUAAAAGGCUUGCAUUUCAGAAAUAAUCCAGAAGAUUAGAGCUCACAUACUCUGAUAACUGGGCCUCUUAAGAAUAUUUCAGGUUGGGCGUCUUAAAUCCCCAGUCACUCUUCAGAAAAUCUCGACUGAAGAAUGCUCCAAACAAUGACUGAUUGUAGUUCAGCACGAGGGUUUGUGAAGAGGAAUACUGGGUGAAAGUUACGGCCCUGAUCUAAGGGUGCUUCAGUUCACACCUGAUUUUUGCACAUUGCAAGAAGUUGUAUUGGCUGUAAAACUGUAGGUUGCAUCCCCUCAGCAGUUCUAGAAAUGUGGAGCAGGCAAACUUUGAAAAGAAACAAGUAAAGAAUAAUCUCUCUGAAUGUUCCAGCUUCCGUUGUUGCACAUUAGUACAGUUCAUUUUAACUGAUAAACUUUUCAGCUGUUUUAUUGUCAAAAUGGAGUGUACUGUCAAAUGCAGCAGCCUUUAAUGUAAACUUUUUCUUAUUCCCAUUCUAGAUUUGUCAUCAUCCUCAUUUUAAGGCCCAAUAUUAAGUGAAGGAGAUGCCUUGUAAUCUUGUGGAAUAAUGUUUGAGUAAAUAUAUAUCUAUAUUUUGCUACUUUAAAUGUUACAGAACCUCUGCAUCGAAGUAUUUUAGCAGUGUGUUGAAUCCACGAGGAACUUCAGAUAGAUGCAACUACUUUUUUGUAAAACUGUCAGUAAUUUAAUCACUCGUGCCAUAUCAGGCAGUGUCUUGUCUCUUGUUUUCCUGGUCAGUCUUUAAGAUUCACUUUGGACUUUGAUAGUCUUCUCUAUUCCGUGUAGUUUCUAAUGACCGUCUGCUUUAAACACAGAUUUAUUAUAACUGCACAUCUAGUUUACUUUACCAAGGUGUUCAUGUGCAAUUGAAAUAGAUUUAAUAUUUUACUAAGACGAAAGAUAGAGGUAAACUUCAUUUGCUGUGAAAAACUUUAGGCACUUUUAAAUGGUAAAAAUGCAUAGUACCAUUUGUAAAAAAGAAACAUUGUGCUUAUUGCUUCAUCUCUUUUGUGCCAGAACUGUAAACUAGUUCUCAGAUUUUAUAUUUCUCAAAAUAAAUGGAGGAUCAACAAAA